AUGCUGGGGCGCACUUCGGCCAACGCGGUGGAGCCGCAGCUGCCCAGGAUGUCCCGGAUCGCCGGCCCAGACUACGAGAAGAACAUUCAACCAGACGAGUGCGGGGGAGGGGCCGAGCCCACCACGAUUCGUAAGCAGCUGGACCUGGUGCGGGCCUCCAGCCCCAGCCCCCGCUGUGCCCUUGACCUGGCGCUGCAGAAGCCCCAGAGCCUGGGGGGCGUUGCUCCUCUCUCUGAUUCUCCCGUUCAUGAUGAGCAGGAUAUUGGCCCAUCCCGCAAUCCCACCCGUGAGCAGGCUGCUUUCACAAUUCAUGGGAAUGAUCCAGGGCGGGAGAAUGGAAAGAAACUCCCUGCCCCUAAAAAGGUGGAGCCUGAGGAUGAUGUGCUGGAUUUCCUGUCAGCUGUUUCUCUGCACGAGACACGAAAACUUUUGGUGUCCCCCGAUUAUCCAGUGGAUGGUCGUUUUGAAUCCCCCCUUCCUAUGGACACGUCUGCGGUACUGGAACCAGAGGAAAAGCCACCCAGUGUCGUCGAUGAAGCCCUCGACUACCACGAGGACAUCUAUGUGUACCUGAGGGGAAUGGAGGUUCGGUGCAAGCCUAAAGCGGGUUACAUGAAGAAGCAACCACACAUCACCAACAGUAUGAGGGCUGCCUUGGUGGACUGGCUGGUGGUGCUGGGGCAGGAACAAGACCUCCAGAACGAGACUCUGCACUUGACUGUGAACUACAUUGACAGAUUCCUGUCCUCCAUGUCAGUGUUGCCGGAGAAGCUUCAGCUGGUUGGCACUGCUGCUAUGCUGCUCGCCUCAAAGUUUGAAGAAAUCGACCCACCAACAACGUUUGAGUUUCUGUACCUCGAAGAUUACAUGUACACGAUAACUCAUUUGUUGAAAAUGGAGCAGAUCAUGCUGAAAGUGCUGGCUUUUAACCUCGCAGCACCAACAACCCAUCAGUUUCUCACGCAGUAUUUCCUACAUCAGCAGCCGGCCAAUUCUCAAGUGGAAAGUUUAGCAAUGUUUCUGGGAGAGUUAACUUUAAUCAACGCUGACCCCUACCUGAAAUAUUGACCAUCAAUUAUCGCGGGAGCUGCCUUUCAUAUAGCACUCUACACAAUCACUGGGCAAAGCUGGCCUGAAUCACUGAUCCAAAAAACAGGGUACACCUUGGAAAGUCUGAAGCCAUGUCUAAUGGACCUCCACCAGACCUACCUCAGAGCACCACAGAGUGCCCUCCAGUCAGUACUAGAAAAGUACAAGAUGCAAAAGUACCACCGUGUAGCCCUCAUCAAGCCUCCAGAGACACUCAACUUGAAGUGA